GGCCGCCCGCGUGCGCCAGUCACCCAGUUGGUUCCGUGGUCCGUGGGUCGCAGGCGCACCGCGCCGCCGGUUUUUUGUGUCAAAAGUCUGCGAUCGCUUUGAACAUAGCGGGGGCGCCGUACCGCUCUUCGGGAAGGAGGGAGAUCGAAACGUAAGAGGCGUAACGUUUUGAUCCUUUCCCGACCGACCAGUUGUAAAGCCCCUUCUUCCCAGUGGAGGUGCAGGGCGAGCCUUGCCACCGGGGAGAGUCCCAAUCCGACACUAUAACGAGUGCCUCCAGGGCUUGAGCCCCUCCACCAUCCAGGAUGGGGGUGGCCGACGACUUCGCGCCGAGCUUCACGCAGAAGCCGCAGCUGCGUCAGGAAGAUGACGGCAACCGCCUCGUCUUCGAGUGCCAGCUGCUGUCCUCCCCAAAGCCAGACAUCACCUGGUUCCGGGGGGACACGCAGCUGUCUGAGGACGGACGGACGGUCAUGAAGACCGUGCCCAUCGGCUCGAACAAGUUCACAGUCGUCCUCGAGCUCGAUGACGUCAUCGAGAGCGACGCAGGCCUAUACAAGGUCAAGGCCAAGAAUAAGAUGGGAGAAGUUGCAGCCUCGAUCAACCUCAAUUUCAGCCCUGCGGAUGAGCCCCGAGAUAAGCAAGUGGAUGGGAUCGCUCCGACUUUUGCGAAAAAGCCGGCAAUUCGACAGGAGGAUGACGGGAAACGCCUUCUGUUCGAAUGCCGGAUCAACGCCGACCCAGAACCGACCGUCAGCUGGUCCAAGAACAACACUCCCGUCACGGCUGGCCCAAGACACAAGCUGACGGUCGACAAAGAUGGUCAUUCAUACUUCGCUACACUGGAAAUCAAGAAUGUCACUGUAGAGGACGCUGGCAAAUACAAAGUGACAGCCAAGAACGAGCUAGGCGAAAGUAAUGCGACCAUCAGUCUCAACUUCGAUAGCGACGAGGCCCCGGUCCCGGACAACGGCAUCAAACCCACCUUCACCGAACGACCCGUGAUUCGGCAAACGGACGACGGCAACAGUGUCAUCAUCGAGUGCAGAGUGGUCGGCGAGCCCAAGCCCUCAGUUCAGUGGUUCCGAUCUGGCAAGGAACUAAAGGAGGGCGGCCGGCUUGCGAUGACAUUGGAGGUGGACGAGGUGCUGUACUUCAUGGCUCGCCUGCAAAUCACCGGCGUAGCUAUUGAGGAUGCCGGCGAGUACAAGGCGGUGGCUAGUAACGCUAACGGGACCUGUCAAGCUACCAUCAAUCUCAACUUCGACACUUCAAGCGACAAACCGAAAAUCCCCGACGGGAAGGCUCCGCGAUUCCCGAAGAAACCGACCAUUCGCCAGGAAGGAGAGGUGCUCAUCAUGGAGUGCAUCCUGGAAGGCAACCCUGCCCCCGAGAUUACCUGGUUUCAGGGCCAAAAGGUCAUUUCAGAUACUAACCGAGUGCGUAUGUCACGCAAGUCCAUGGGCAAGGACACGUACCUCCUCACGUUGGAAGUGUCAAAUCCAACGAGAGAGGAUGGUGGGAACUACAGGUGUAAUGCCUUCAACAUAUAUGGCGAGAGCAAUGCCAAUAUUGCACUCAACUUCCAAGGCGGAGAUGAUGCAGGUUUUGCCCCAUCAUUCGUCGAGAAACCUAAAAUCAUUCCAAACGAGACCGGCACUCUUAUUACAAUGAAGUGUAAGUGCAAAGCGAAACCGAAACCUGACGUUACGUGGUUUAGAGGCACUACAGUUGUUAAAGAGACGUCAAAAAUAAAAAUUAAAGUCGUCGAAGCUGGCGAAGAUACCUACGAACUAUCUCUUGAAAUUAAGGAUCCGGCAGGACCAGAUGGAGGCACUUACAAGUGCCAUGUAAAGAACGAAUUCGGCGAAAGUAAUGCUAAUCUUAAUUUAAACAUCGAGGCAGAACCUGAACCCGAAGGUGACGGACCAGUAUUCGUGGACAAACCACGCAUCGUUUCCGAACAAAACGGUAAAUUAGUUAUUAUGGACUGUCGUGUAAAGGCGGAUCCUAAGCCCACCAUCGUAUGGACGCGCGAUGGUAAAGAGGUAAAGGAAAGCUCUAAGAUCACGAUGAAAGUAGAGGCAAAAGGUGACGUUUACUACAUCAGACUGGAGCUUAAGGACCCACAACUGGAAGACUCUGGUCUAUAUAAAUGUAAUAUCAAGAACAGCCUAGGGGAAUUGAAUGCCAACUUAACCCUCAACAUCGAAAUCAUCCCUGUCAUCAGAGAAAGACCAAAGAUCAUUAAGGUUGUGAAGAAAAAGACUGUUAUUGUGGAGUGUCACGUUCAAUCUAAGUUUGCUCCUCAAUGUACCUGGUUUAAAGAAACAUCGGCGGUCAAAGAAGACUCUCGGCACACAAUUCAUGUUACGCAAGUUAAAGAAGGCGAAUUCUCGGUGAAGCUUGAAAUUGAGAACAUAAAGGAAACAGAUAAGGGCUCAUACAAACUUGUUGCCAAAAACGAAAAGGGUGAAACUGCGUCACAAACAGUCGAGCUUACAGAUAUUCCUAAGGAUGAAGAAGAGAAGCCGAAACCGAAGGGUGAUAAGCCGAAAAUAAGCAAGGGACUUAAACCUCAGACAGUUGAUGAGGCCAAACCAGCCGAGUUUUCCGUGAAAUUGAUUAAGACGGAGAUGAAGGCAACAGUUGUGUGGUAUAAAAACAACGUGGUUAUAAAAGAGAGGGAGAUGCAUCAGUCAUUUGAUGGGACAACAGCAACACUGCAAAUUGCAAGCUGCAAAGUUGAACACGCUGCAUCAUAUAAGGUCGUGAUUACAAACGAGUUUGGAAGCGAUGAUUCCGAAGCAGACCUCAAAGUCACUGAAAAGAAAAAACCACCAGAAAAGAAGGAAGAGGAGAAGAAAAAGGAAGAAGAGAAAAAAUCAGAGGAAAAGAAGGUUGAAGAGAAGAAAAAGAUUGAAGAGAAGAAAGUCGACGAGAAAAAGAUAGAGGAGAAGAAGGUCGAGAAGAAGGUUGAGGUGAAGAAAUCAGAGGAGAAGAAAGUCGAAGAAAAGAAGGUCGAGGAAAAGAAAGAGGAGAAGGUCGAGAAAAAGGGUCCUCCUCGAACGAUCGACAACGAAGUGGAGAGUGUCGGGGACAGUCGACAGAAGGUGAACGAUGACAAGGACCUUCUGAAAAAGCCGGAAGUCAAAAAGCCAGCGGACAAGAAAGACGACAAGGAUGACACUACCGAACCCGGCAAGCCGUGGGGUAGGACUUUAUUACGAAAAGCUCCACCACCAAAGCCCCAACCUACGAAGUACGAAAGUUUCCUAGAUGUGACGCUUAAACCAGUUGAGCGAGCUGCUGCGUUAAAGCUCGCAGCGGCGAAGAAAGCAGAAGAGGAGGAGCAGCUCCGACUGGCAGCAUCAUCCUUGAGCCGAAAGUCGUCCCUUAGAUUGGACACUUUCGAAAAGAACACCGAGGAAACCAAUGGUUCAUCCCCCGCAUCACCGAAAUCUUCAGCGCCACCUUCGAGGAUAGGGUCUCUCAAGGAAAAGGAAGGAGCUCCAGAAGAGAAGCCUCUCCUUAAGAGAAGGCCUGUUCAAAAGCAAGAAGAAAAACAGGACAGCUUCCUUAAUGUGCAGCUUAAACCCCUCACCAAAGAAGAGAAAGAGAAGAGGGAAAAAGAGAGAUUAGCAAAGCAAGAGCUUAAGCUGAAAAACGGAACAGAUGAUAGGAAAUCAUCUCUCACUGUAGAAGAGCUAAAGAAACCUGGCGAACGAAGGCUUUCCACGAAAAAAGUCGACGAGGAGGUCGAAACGAAAAGAAAGGCCUCAGUUAUUAAAACCGAGGUCACUCAAGAGGGCGAUAAAACGCCAAUACGAAGGGAAUCUGUUAAGAUUCAAGAGGAAUCCUCUGAAGCCCGCCGCAAAUCUUCAGUAUUCGAUAAGACUGAACCAGAAAAGAAACCUACUACCGAUGUCAAGGUAGCCUCCAAGGUCCCCGAGAGUGAGGCUACACCAACAGGAAAAACACUUGGAGUUCAACCUGAAGCUCCUAAGGUGCAGGAGCCUAAACCUACACUCAAGCCCACUCCAACACUUAAGGUGGAGGACGUUAAGCCAAAGGAGAGUCUCCUAACAGCACCUCAAGCGGGUGAAAAAGAACCUCCGGUGCGUAAAAAGUACGACCCAAUGGCAUUCAUCCCUGAUGUGGAAAUUGUGACAGACAACUCAUUAAGUGCACCAGUUACAAAAGACAUGGGAAUAACUCAAAAUCUAGAGCCAGAAAAAACUUCUGCAAGGAGGAAAUUUGAUCCCAUGAAAUUUAUUCCUGACCCCGAGCCCGAAACAGUUGAUGAGGUCAACACCUUAACCCCUCCUCCUGCAGAGCAAAACGAGGCUCGGCCCAGGACGAAAAGGUACGAUCCGAUGGCGUUUGUUCCCGAUCCUGAGCCUCAGAUUGUCGAAAAAUCUGUCGCACCGACUUCAAAGCCAACAGGGCAAGUCAAUAGUGCAGUUAGCUUGCCAGGUAUAAAACAGGGGCAAGUGAAAGCAGCUGCCUUGAAACCGAAGGACGAGAAGAAGCCUUUGGUCAACAGCAAAACUCCUUCGAUGGAGCGGCGCGUUAGUAGCCUCGAGAGCGCAGUCAGCUCUGAAGAAGAAGAAGAUACCUUUGACGAACGUACGCUGAAGCGUGCCAAAAUCCCUGAAAUUAUUGCACCGGAUGAGGGUCCGGGAAGUCGAAAGAGCUCCCUAAUACCUGGAUCAGCUGGAUCGAGCCGCAGAGGAUCUCUCAUCCCUCCCGAGGAAGGAGGCAGACGACCUUCGCUUAUUAUCAGUGACGAGAAAAGGGGCUCUCGUCCGGGUGAAGAGCAAGGUGCAAAGGGCGCAAAACAGCGACGACGUCCAAGCACGGACAUGCGAAGACCAAGUGUAGCCGACUUGGAGGAGCUCAUUAACAAGCCCUCGACACCUCUAAAGGCUGUUGGUGAACCAGGUCCUCCUGUCAUUGUUGAUGUGCAAGAAAGUUACUCUGCUGUUGAAGAUCAAGUCGCCUACAUCACCGUGCAAGUCGAAGGAAAUCCUGCGCCUACAUUUAAAUUCUACAAGCCGGACACUAUUACGGGCAUGACCGAGAUCAUUGAAGGCGGUCGCUUCAAAUUCCUCACCGACGGUAACACAAAUACGAUCACUCUCUGUAUGCGCAAGACGAAGCCAAACGACGAAGGAAAGUAUAAGAUAGUCGUGGCUAAUUGCCAUGGAGAGGACACCGCAGAGAUGCAGUUGUAUGUUUCCGAUGCCAGUGGCAUGGAUUUCCGUGCUAUGCUCAAAAAACGAAAGUACGCCAAAUGGGGACAAGACAAGGAAGACCCGGACUGGGGCGAUCUCAAAGAGGUUGAGAAACCCGUUCCUGCGUUGAAGAAAGUUGAGAAGAGUAGUGAAAAAGUGGCGUCAAGGAGGCAGUCUCUUGCUGAGCUUAUCCCCGAUUGGCCAGUACUUCAUCACUUUCAGAAGACGGAGAAACCGGAGUCCUUCCUGAAACCACUUGUUGAUCAAUAUGCCAAGGAAGGAAAAGACAAGAAAGUCAUGUUUGAGGCAAUAUUCUCGAAACCGAAUUGUAAACCAAAGUGGUUUUUACGUAAAGAUGAGCUCUUCCCCGGAAGCAAAUAUAAGUUCAAGACCGAGAAUGAUACAUAUCAACUUAUAAUUAUGAAUCCAAAAGUGGAGGAUGCUGGAAAAUACACUAUUGAACUUGCUGGUGUUAGUUCUAUGGCAUUUUUGAAUGUCGAUGAGCCGGCUCCAACGUAUACCUUCGUUAAACCACUAAUGAAGACCAUUGAAGGUUACACUAAGCACGAGGUGAUACUAGAGUGCGGUGUCAGCAACAGUAUGGCAAAGGUCAUAUGGAAAAAGGGUGAUAAAAAGCUAGAGGAUGGUGAUCUUUAUGAAAUCAGCAAGGACAUGCAAGGAAAUUGCCGCUUAGUGAUCAAAUCGGCAGUGCUCGAAGAUAGUGGAGAAUACGUCUGCCAGAUUACAAAACAGGAUGACAAAACCAUCACGGAAGUCAAAAUAUCUGAAUAUCCGUACAAAUUCGUCAAGGUUCUUAAACACCAGCAGCUCACCGAGAAGGACACCAUCACUCUUCUUUGUGAACUUGACGAUCCCUCUGGGGACGUACAAUGGUUCAAAAAUGGCGAAGAAGUCAAGCCAGACAAAAGAAUCACCAUUACGGCCGACGGCCGAAAGCGGAAAAUGGUCAUUAAGGACGCGAAAGUUACUGACAGUGGUAUGUACAAAUGUACCACGAAUGCCGACCAAACGGAAGCGGAAAUACAAGUCCAAUAUAUGAACCGCUUCAACAAGAAGCUCAAGGACACAACCGGGAUUGAGCGCGAAAAGGUUGUCCUUGAUGUUGAACUUCAAGAUCAAACAGCACCCGCCGAGUGGAAGUUCAACGGCAAGCCUAUCGUUCCGUCAGAUAGGAUUGAAAUCAAGAAUCUCGGUGGAGGUAAACACCAGUUAGUGUUUAACAAGGUUGAUAUGUCAGACGAGGGAGAGAUUACCUGCGAAUCCGGUAACCUAAGCUCGUCGUGCCAGCUCCUUGUGAAGAAGGGAGAAGGCAAGCCCGUCCCUGACUUCCCUGAUGAAAUUGAGGGACCAUGCAAUAAGCCGAUCAUUUUCGACAUUCCUUACAAGAUUGAGGGCACACGGCAGACGCCCAUAGAGGCUAAACUAAUGAAGGAUGGAAAGGCCCUGCCGCUUAAAGAGGUUGAGAUCAUCGUCAUGGAUGAGAAGGUCGUAUUUAAGGUCAAGAAGCCGGCGCGUGAUCUGACCGGGCCAUACAAAAUUGUGAUAAGCAACGGUCAAGGCGAGGCUACCAAGGACCUUAAAAUCAACAUGCAAGACGUACCUUCGCCGCCAGAGGACGUUGACGUGACAGAGGUCUUCGCAACAUCGUGCAUAGUGGCAUGGAAGCCCGGCAAGGAUGACGGUGGCGCGCCGCUUGUCAAAUACGUCGUGGAGCGACAGGAUCUAAGUGUGAAAGGUGGCUGGGACAACGUCGGCGAGGUGAAACCUGGCGCACCCACCGUGUUCAAGUGCGAGGACCUUACUCCUAAGCGAGAAUACAAGUUCAGGAUUCGCGCUGUCAACAAAAUCGGGUCGUCCGAGCCCGCCACGUUCGCCAAGCCUAUCCUUGCCAAGGAUCCCUGGGACGAGCCGGGCAAGCCCAACAACGUGGAGGUCGUGGACUGGGACAAGGACCACGCCGACCUCAAGUGGGAUAAGCCUUUGAACGACGGUGGCGCACCAAUCACUGGGUACAUCAUCGAGUACAAGGAGAAGUUCGGCAAAGACUGGGCGACAGGCAAAGAGAUCGCUGGUGACGUGACCGCGGCAACCAUUGACGGCCUCAAGGAGGGCACUCAGUACGAGUUCCGUAUCCGGGCCGUCAACAAGGCUGGCCCUGGCGAGCCAAGCGAUGCUACCAAGCCAAUUAUCGCCAAGUGCAGAUUUGUCAAGCCGUUCAUCAUUGGCAACGACCUGAUCAAUCUGGUCGUGAAGAAGGGCCAGACCAUCAAGUACGACAUCAAGUACGGUGGUGAGCCAGAGCCCGAGGUGCGCUGGCUGCUCAACACCACCGAAAUCAAGGAGGACAAGGAAGAGAGGAUUACGAUCGACAAGUACGAGCGCAACACGGUGCUGACGGUGCGGCGUGCAGUGCGCGCCGACAGCGGCAAGUACAAGCUCGUGCUCAAGAACAGCUCGGGCACUGUCGAGGGCGUCGCCGACGUGGUGGUGCUGGACAAGCCCACGCCGCCUGGAGGGCCGCUCAAGGUGGACGAGAUCCGCGCCCAGCACGCCACCGUCAAGUGGAAGAAGCCGGAGGACAACGGCGGCAGCGACGUCACCGGCUACGUCAUAGAGAAGAUGGACUUGGACACCGGGCGCUGGGUGCCGGCGGGCGAGGUCGGCCCGGACGCCGACUCGUUCAAGGUGACAGGGCUGACGAAGGGCAAGAAGUACAAGCUGCGCGUCAAGGCCGUCAACAAAGAGGGCGAGUCUGAGCCGCUCGAGACCACAGACAGCUUCGUGGCCAAGAACCCAUACGACGAACCCGGCAAGCCGGGCAAGCCCGAGAUCUUCGACUGGGACAACAAGUCGGUCACUCUGCGCUGGGCCAAGCCCCAGAGCGACGGCGGCCGCCCCAUCACCCACUACACCAUCGAGAUGAAGGACAAGCACGCGACCGACUGGGUCGAGGUGGCCAAGACGGAGAACGACAACUGCGAGGGCGUGGUCGAAGGGCUCAAGGAGCAGCAGGUGUACCAGUUCCGUGUCCGCGCGCACAACAAGUCGGGCGGCGGCGAGCCCUCCGACGCCACCGACAACCACGUGUGCAAGCACCGCAACCUCAAGCCUCGCAUCGAGAGGUCGAUGCUCAAGAGCGUGACCAUCAAGGCUGGCCGCACGCACAAGUGGUCCGUGGACAUCACCGGAGAGCCGCCACCAACCAUCACCUGGGUGUGGCGUGACAACAUCCCGCUCGUCAACACGGAGCGCAUCAAGAUCGAUAACAUCGACUACCACACCGACUUCUGCAUCACAAACGCGACGCGGCGCGACACCGGAAAGUACACGCUCAUCGCGGAGAACGCCUCGGGCAAGGACCAGGAGACAGUCGAGCUCACCGUGCUCAGCAAACCCGGCUCGCCUAUGGGUCCGCUCGAGGCCACCAACGUGCACAAGGAGGGCCUGAAGCUGCACUGGGAGCCCCCAGAAGACGACGGCGGCUCCCCCAUCCUCCAGUACGAGGUGGAGAAGAUGGACACGGCCACGGGCAAGUGGGUGCGCGUCGGCAAGGUGCCGGGUGACAAGGACAAGCCCGAGCUCGAGGUGACGGGGCUGGAACCCGGCCACGAGUACAAGUUCCGCGUGACGGCCACCAACGCCGAGGGCGACUCGGAGCCACUGCUCACCGACAAGGCCAUCAUCGCCAAGAACCCGUUCGACGAGCCGACCAAGCCCGGCACGCCCGAGAUCGUGGAUUACGACAACGAGAGCGUGGACCUCAAGUGGGCCAAGCCCGACAGCGACGGUGGCUCUCCCAUCCAGAAGUACAUCGUGCAAAAGAAGGACCGCUUCAAGCCCGACUGGGAGGACGCGGUCGAGGUGGCCGGCGACAAGCUUGAGGCCAAGGUGGAGGGCCUUAAGGAGCGCGCCGAGUUCCAGUUCCGUGUUAUUGCCAUCAACAAGGCCGGCAAGUCACCGCCUUCGGACGCCACCAAGAUGCACACCGUCAAGCACCGCGCCCUCAAGCCGAGGAUCGACAGGACCAACCUGAAGCCGAUCGUGGUGCGCGCGGGCAAGCCCAUCAACUACGACGUGAACGUGCGAGGCGAGCCGCCACCAACCAUCACCUGGUACCAGGGCGACAAGCUGAUCAAGUCGGAGAACAACGUCGAGAUCAUCAAUGUCGACUACAACACCAAGCUCAACAUCAAGGAUUCCAUCCGUAAGAACACCGGUCUGUACAAGAUCGUGGCCGAGAACCAGCACGGCAAGGACGAGGAAACGGUGGAGAUCACCGUGCUCUCCGCGCCGUCCAGACCAAAGGGUCCGCUCAAGGUGUCGGACGUCACCAAGAACUCGGCCAAGCUCAAGUGGGACAAGCCGGAGGACGAUGGUGGCAAGCCCAUCACCGGCUACACGGUGGAGAAGCUGGACGUGGCCACGGGCCGCUGGGUGCCGGUGGGUCGCACAGACGAGCCCGAGUUUGAGGUCAAGGGCCUCCAAGAGGGCCACGACUACCAGUUCAGGGUCAAGGCCGUCAACGAGGAGGGCGAGUCCGAGCCCCUGGAGACGGACAAGGCGACCACCGCCAAGAACCCCUUCGACGCCCCUGGCAAGCCGGGCACGCCGUCGCUGGAGGACUGGGACGUGGACCACGUGGACCUCAAGUGGGACGCGCCCAAGUCGGACGGUGGCGCCGCCAUCACGGGCUACAUCAUCGAAAAGAAGGAGAAGUUCAGCGCGGGAUGGGACGAAGUCCUGGCCACUCAUUCUCCCGACCGUUUCGCCAAGGUGCCGGGCCUGAAGGAAGGUCAGACUUACCAGUUCCGUGUCCGUGCCGUGAACAAGGCCGGUCCUGGCGAGCCCAGCGAGCCCACGAAGCCCAUCGUGGCCAAGGCUAGAAACCUCAAACCCUGGAUCAACCGCGACAAGCUGCAGAAGGUCCGCGUGCGCGCGGGCCAGGCGGUGCGCUUCGACGUGGACGUCAAGGGCGAGCCGGCUCCCAUCACCACCUGGACCCGGGACGGCAAGCCGCUUACCGGUGUUGGCGUAAAGAUUGAAAACGAGGAUUACAACACCAAGUUGGCUUUGACCGAGACUUCUCGCUCCGACACGGGCACCUACACGCUGCGCGCUGAGAACGCCAACGGCUUCGACGAGGCCACCGUCGAGGUGGAGAUCCUGGACAAGCCCGGCAAGCCCGAGGGUCCGCUGGAGGUGCUGGACGUGCACAAGGAGGGCUGCAAGCUCAAGUGGGAGAAGCCCAAGGACCUGGGUGGCCUGCCGCUCACGGGGUACACGCUGGAGAAGAUGGACGUGACCACCGGCAGGUGGACGCCCGCCGGCUUCUGCGACCCGGAGAAGACCGAGCACGAGGUGAAGGGGCUGGAGCCGGGCAAGAAGUACCAGUUCCGCGUCAAGGCCGUCAACGACGAGGGCGAGUCCGAUCCGCUGGAGACGGACCUCGCCGUCCUGGCCAAGGACCCCUUCGACGCCCCAGGCGCACCGGGCCUGCCCGAGAUUGUGGACUGGAACGAGACGUCCGUGAAGCUCGAGUGGGCCCCGCCCGCGCGCGACGGCGGCGCGCCCAUCACGGGCUACGUCGUCGAGAUGCGCGACAAGUACAGCCCCAACUUCGUCAAGUGCGCCGAGGUGCACGGGCCGACGUGCCAGGCCACGGUUCCCAAGCUGGAGGAGGGCAACCAGUACCAGUUCCGCGUCAGGGCCGUCAACAAGGCCGGCCCUGGCGAGCCCAGCGAGGAGACCAAGACGCACACUGCCAAGGCUCGUUUCUUGAAGCCGCACAUCGACCGCACCAACCUGAACCCAGUGGUGAUCAAGGUGAACCACACGCUGUCGCUGGACAUCAAGAUCACCGGCGAGCCGGCACCCGUCGUCACCUGGGUGUUCAAGGAGAAGGAGAUCAAGACCGAGGAUCAGUACCUGAUCGACAACAUCGACUACAACACCAAGUUCUGCAUCCUCAAGACGAAGCGCGCGCACAGCGGCGUGUACAAGAUCACCGCCAAGAACGAGGUCGGCGAGGACACGGCUGAGCUGGAAGUAACCGUGCUCGGCAAACCCGGCAAGCCCAAGGGCCCGCUCGAGGUGUCGGACGUGACUAAGAACUCCGCCAAGCUCAAGUGGGAGAAGCCCGAGGACGACGGCGGCACCCCGGUCGAGUACUACGAGAUCGAGAAGCUGGACCCGCUGACGGGCCACUGGGUGCCGUGCGGCCGCGCCACCGAGCCGGAGGCCACCGUCACCGGGCUGCAAGAGGGCAAGCCGUACAAGUUCCGCGUCCGCGCCGUCAACAAGGAGGGCGAGUCGGACGAGCUGGAGACGGACAAGUCCAUCAUUGCCAAGAAUCCGUUCGACGAGCCUGGCAAGCCUGGCCGUCCGGAGCCAAAGGACUGGGACAAGGACUUCGUGGAGCUGCAAUGGACUCCGCCCAAGGACGACGGUGGCGCACCCAUCGAGAAGUACAUCAUCCAGAUGCGCGACAAGGAGGGCCGCGGCUGGGUGGACGCUGCCACCGUCCCGGGCAACAAGACCCAGGGACGCGUGGAGAACGGCAUCGAGCCGGGACACGAGUACGAGUUCCGCGUCGUGGCCGUCAACAAGGCCGGCCCCAGCGAGCCGAGCGAUGCAUCCAAGUCCGUCAUCGCCAAGCCACGCUUCUUGAAGCCGAAAAUCGAUCGCAAGAACCUGCUCAAGAAGACAAUCCGAGUGGGUCAGCUUCUGCGCGUGGAGGCCGACGUUCAGGGCGAGCCGCCACCAACCAUCACAUGGGUGAUCAAGGGAGGCCAGCCGCUCACGAGCAACGAGCGCCUCAAGAUCGAGAACGAGGAGUACAAGACGACCUUCAUCUUGACGAAGGCAAAGCGUACCGACUCGGCCGUGUACACGGUGACGGCCAAGAACACCUCGGGCGAGGACACCGUGGACAUGGAGGUGCUGGUGCUCAGCAAGCCUUCCAAGCCCAAGGGCCCGCUCGACGUGUCCGACGUGACGGCCGAGGGCGUGCACCUCAAGUGGGACAAGCCGGAGGACGACGGCGGUGAGCCCGUGGACCACUACGUCGUGGAGCGCAUGGACACCGAGACUGGGCGAUGGGUUCCCGUCACCACCACCAAGACGCCGGAGGCGGACGUGACCGGGCUCAACGAGGGCAAGGAUUACCUGUUCCGCGUCAAGGCCGUGAACUCAGAGGGUGAAUCUGAGCCCUUGGAGACGGACAUCCCCGUCACGGCCAAGAACCCUUACAACGAGCCGGACAGGCCAGGCAAGCCGGAUGUCAAGGACUGGAGCAAGAACCACGCGGACCUGCGGUGGACGGCGCCUAAGAACGACGGAGGCUCCCCCAUCACGGGCUACAUCGUGGAGAAGAAGGACGCUAACAGCUCCAAGUGGGUGAAGGCGGUCGAGGUGCCCGGCAACAAGCACGAGGCCACGGUGCCCGACCUCCUGGAGGGCGGCAAGUACCAGUUCAGGAUCCGCGCGGUCAACAAGGCCGGCCAGAGCAAGCCCAGCGAGGCUAGCGAGACCAUCACCGCCAAGGACCGCAACGUGCCACCAAAGAUCGACCGCACCACGCUCAAGGACAUGAACGUCAAGGCGGGCCAACACCUCCGCUUCGACGUCAAGAUCUCGGGCGAGCCGCCACCAACCAAGACCUGGUUCCACAACAAGGCUCGCAUCGAGUCCAAGGACGAGCUCACGAUCGAGCACGAGGACUACAAGACCCGGCUGGUGGUGACGGCCGUGGCGCGGAAGCACACUGGCCUGUACACCAUCAAGGCGGAGAACUCGUCGGGCAAGGACGAGGUGACGAUCGAGAUCACCGUCAUCGACAAGCCCGGCAAGCCCGAGGGCCCGCUCAAGAUCUCCGACAUCCACAAGGAGGGGUGCAAGCUCAAGUGGAACCCGCCGCUCGACGACGGCGGCGUGCCCAUCGACUACUACGCCGUGGAGAAGAUGGACACCGAGUCUGGACGCUGGAUGUCGGCCGGUCGAGCCAAGGAGCCCUUCAUCGAGCUCAACAACUUGGUGCCCGGCCAGGAGUACAAGUUCCGCGUCAUGGCCGUCAACGCCGAGGGCGAGUCGGAGCCUCUCGAUGCCGAAGAAGCCAUCGUCGCCAAGAAUCCAUUCGACGAGCCUGGCGCUCCGGGGGCACCGGAGGCCACGGACUGGGACCGCGACUUUGUGGAGCUGAAAUGGACCCCGCCUGCCAAGGACGGCGGGUCUCCCAUUACCGGCUACGUGAUCGAGAAGCGCGAGAAGGGCUCCCCUCGGUGGGUGAAGGCCGGCGAGACGCGCGGGCCCGAGUGUAAGGGCAAGGUGGAGAACCUGGACGAGGGCACGCCCUACGAGUUCAGGGUGCGCGCCAUCAACGCGGCCGGGCCUGGCGAGGCCAGCGACGCCUCCAAGUCCAUCACGUGCAAGCCGCGCAAGGUGCCGCCCAGGAUCGACCGCAAGAACCUGCGCGACAUCACGGUCCGCGAGGGCGAGCCUUUCGUGUUCGACGUCAAGAUCACGGGCGAGCCGGCUCCCGACGUCGAGUGGAACUUCGGCACCAAGCGCGUCAACGAGAACGCCGUGCGCAAGAUCGUCAACGUGCCGAACAACAGCAAGCUCGUGUACGACAAGCCCGAGCGCAAGGACAGCGGCAUCUACAAGAUCACCGCCACCAACAAGUACGGCACGGACUCCGCCGAGGUGGAAGUCACCGUUGUGUCCAAACCCAGCAAGCCAGAGGGCCCGCUCGAGGUGUCGGACAUCCACAAGGAGGGCUGCAAGCUCAAGUGGAAGCGGCCCAAGGACGACGGCGGCGAGCCGCUCGACGGCUACCUGGUCGAGAAGUUCGACCCGGAGAACGGUGCCUGGAUCCCCGUGGGCAAGUCCAAGGAUCCCGAGAUGGUGGUCGACGGUCUCACGCCUGGACACGAGUACAAGUUCCGUGUCAAGGCCCUCAACAAGGAGGGCGAGUCGGAGCCCCUGGAGACGUACACUUCCAUCGUCGCCAAGGACCCCUUCUCCACUCCUCAGGCCCCCGGCACGCCGGAGCCCGAGGACUGGGACCAGCACCACGUGGACCUCGUGUGGAAGGAGCCCAUCUCCGAUGGUGGCACUCCGAUCACGGGCUACAUCAUCGAGAAGAAGGACAAGUACACCGCCAUGUGGGAGAAGGCGCUGGAGACCAGCACACCCGAAUGCAAGGGCACCGUCACAGGCCUCAUCGAGGGCAACGAGUACCAGUUCAGAGUCAUCGCUGUCAACAAGGCUGGCCCUGGAGCUCCCAGCGAUGCCAGCAAGACCUUCACCGCCAAGCCCCGGUUCCUGGCGCCUAAGAUCGACCGCCGCAACCUGCGCGACAUCACCAUCUCGGCCGGGUCCACGCUCAAGUUCGACGCGAACGUCAUCGGCGAGCCGCCACCACACAUCGACUGGCGCUGCGCGUCCAACCCGCUCAAGAACAGCAAGCGGGUGACGAUCGACAACACGGACUACAACACCAAGCUGGUGAUCCGGCCCGCGCGCCGCGAGGACUCGGGCGAGUUCACCGUCACGGCCACCAACUCGUCCGGCAAGGACAUGGUCGCCAUCAACGUGGUGGUCACCGACAAGCCGUCGGCGCCCGAGGGUCCGCUCGAGAUCUCGGACGUGUACAACGAGGGCUGCAAGCUCAAGUGGAAGCGCCCGCUGGACGACGGUGGCACUCCGCUCGAGUACUACCAGGUGGACAAGAUGGACCCGGAUACCGGCUGCUGGGUGCCCUGCGGCCGCGUGACGGAGCCUCACAUGGACGUCACUGGUCUGACUCCGGGCAAGGAGUACAAGUUCCGCGUGUCGGCCGUGAAUGCCGAGGGCGAGGGUGAGCCUCUGGUCGCCGAGGAGACGAUCGUGGCCAAGAACCCCUUCGACGAGCCCGGCGCACCUGGCAACCUCAAGGCGACCGACUGGGACAAGGACCACGUGGACCUCAAGUGGACCCCGCCGGUCAACGACGGUGGCUCCCCGGUCACGGGCUACAUCAUCGAGAAGAAGGACAAGUACGGCCAGUGGGAGAAGGCGGUCGAGGUUCCCGCGGACGAGCUGACGGCCACCGUGCCGGACCUGGUCGAGGGCCAGAAGUACGAGUUCCGCGUGCGCGCCGUCAACAAGGCCGGCCCUGGCGAACCCAGCGACCCGACGCCGACCAUCAUCGCCAAGCCACGCAACCUGGCCCCCAAAAUCGACCGCACCAACCUGAUCGACAUGCGCAUCCGUGCCGGACAGAACUUCGUGUUCGACGUGAAGGUGUCUGGUGAGCCGAUGCCCGACACCCGCUGGCUGCUGCGCGCCAAGGAGGUGCGCUCCAGCGACAACGUCAAGGUCACGCACUCGGACUACAACACCAAGCUGAGCGUGCGCGGUGCCACUCGCGCCGACUCGGGCACCUUCAUCAUCACGGCCGAGAACAUAAACGGCAAGGACAUCGCCGAGGUCGACGUCAUCGUCUUGGACAAGCCGAGCCCGCCCGAGGGCCCGCUCAAGGUCUCGGACGUGAGGGCCGACGGCGUCACGCUCAAGUGGAACGCACCCGCUGAUGACGGCGGCAACCCCAUUGAAAAGUACGUCGUGGAGAAGAUGGACGAGGCCACCGGCAGGUGGGUGCCCGCCGGAGAGACCAUUGGGCCUGACACUCAGCUCAAGGUCGACGGCCUCAUCCCUGGACACAAGUACAAGUUCAGGGUCCGCGCCGAGAACAAGCUGGGCAGGUCCGAGCCCCUCACUACGGAGCAGGCUAUCGAGGCCAAGAACCCCUUCGACGAGCCCGACAAGCCUGGCACACCCGAGAUCACAGACUUCGACAAGGACUUUGUCGAUCUUGAAUGGGAUCGUCCCAGGAGCGACGGUGGCUCACCAAUCACUGGUUACAUCAUCGAGAAGAAGGACAAGUUCAGCCCGAACUGGGAGAAAUGCGCCGAGGUCGAGGGCGACGUGUGCAAGGGCAAGGUGCCCGGGCUGAUCGAGGGCACACCCUACGAGUUCCGCAUCAGGGCGGUGAACAAGGCCGGCCCUGGCGAGCCCAGCGACGCGUCCAAGACCCACGUCGCGCGCGCCAAGAACGUGCCGCCCAAGAUCGACCGCAGUGCCAUGCUGGACCUCAAGGUUCGCGCCGGCCACAACUUCGACUUCGACGUGCACGUCGACGGUGAGCCGCCAGCGAGCAAGGAAUGGAGCCUGAGGGACAACAUGGUGCUGCCCGGCGAGCGCGUCAAGAUCACCAACGAGGACUACAACACUCGUCUGCGCAUCACUGACGCCCGCCGAGCUGACAGCGGCGAGUACAAGCUCGUGGCCAAGAACAUCAACGGCAAGGACACGGCCACCGUCUACGUGACGGUCCUGGACGUGCCCACGCCACCAGAGGGCCCGCUCAAGGACAGCGACGUGACCAAGAACAGCAUGGUGCUGUCCUGGCGUGCACCCAGGGACGACGGUGGCUCCGAGAUCCUUCACUACAUCGUGGAGAAGAUGGACUCGGAAAACCUGCGCUGGGUGCCGGUGGGCGAGACACCCACGACUCAGAUCAAGGCGGACCACCUGAUCGAGAACCACAACUACAUGUUCAGGGUGCGCGCAGUGAACCGGCAGGGCGAGUCCGGCCCGCUCAUGAGCACCGAGCCCAUCACGGCCAAGGACCCCUUCGGCAAACCGGAAAAGCCGGGAACGCCCGAGGUUGUCGACUGGGACAAAGAUCACGUCGACCUGGAAUGGACCCCACCCAAGAGGGAUGGUGGUUCCCCGAUCACCGGGUACAUCAUCGAGAAGAGGCCCAAGUUUGGCUCGUGGGAGAAGGCCGCGGAGGUUCCCGCCGGCAGCACCAAGGCCACGGUGCCCCACCUGAUCGAGGGCGAGGAGUACGAGUUCCGCGUCAUCGCCGUCAACAAGGGCGGUCCGGGCGAGCCUAGCGACGCGUCCAAGUCUGUGAUCGCCAAGCCGAGGUUCAUGGCACCGACCAUCGACCGCGCCUUCCUCCAGGACCUCGUCGUGAAGGCCGGCGAGCGCAUCAGCUUCGAGGUGCCCGUCGAGGCGUCGCCACGCCCCAAGGCCACCUGGACCGUGGACGACAAGCCUGUGGGCACGCGAGCGGACAUGAUGACCACCAACACGCAGACCACGUUCGAGAUUCCGUUCGCGGCGCGCAGCGACACCGGCCGGUACAAGCUCACCCUCAAGAACGAGUUGGGCGAGUGCUCGGCAUCUGCGUACGUCACGGUGCUCGAUAAACCUGGUCCACCUCUGCCCCCGCUCGAGGUCAGCAAGGUCACCAAGGACAGCUGCCGCCUGUCGUGGAAGCACCCUAAAGACGACGGCGGCUCGCCGAUCCUCCACUACUUGGUGGAGAAGAUGGACAUGUCUCGCGGCACAUGGUCGGACGCGGGCAUCGCCACCGGCCUGCAGCACGAGGUGCUGCGCCUCAUCCACAUGAAGGAGUACCUGUUCCGGGUGCGCGCCGUCAACAUCAUUGGCGAGUCCGAGCCUCUCGAGACCACCAAGCCCAUCGUGGCCAAGAACGAAGUCGAUGAGCCUGGUGCGCCCGGCAAGCCCAGCAUCACCGACUGGGCCAAGGACCACGUGGACCUGUCCUGGGAGAAGCCCAAGUCGGACGGCGGCUCGCCCAUCACGGGCUACAUCGUGCAGCGCCGCGAGAAGGGCAGCCCGUACUGGGUGAACGCGGUGCACGUGCCGGCCAAGCAGACGUCGGCCACCGUGCCGGACCUGACCGAGGGCCAGGACUACGAGUUCCGCAUCAUCGCCACCAACGUGGCUGGCCAGUCCGAGCCCAGCGAGCCCUCGGACGUCGUCACCGCCAAGGACCGCUAUCUGGCGCCAAAGAUCAAGACACCACUGCACGACAUCCGCAUCAAGGCGGGCACCAUUCUGCACGUGGACAUCGACUUCAUCGGCGAGCCCGCGCCCGAGGUGGUGUGGUCCGUCGCCGGCAAGGAGCUGCAGACGGACGCGCGCACCACCAUCACGUCCAUCGGCUACCACACCAUCGUCAACACGGUGAACGCCAAGCGCAGCGACAGCGGCUUGUACCACCUGCUGCUGAGGAACAGCUCGGGCAUCGACGAGGGCUCCUUCCAGGUGGUCGUGCUCGAUCGCCCCGGACCUCCGGAUGGCCCGCUAGAGUACGAGGAGAUCACCGCCCAGAGCGUGACCCUGUCCUGGCGCCCACCAAAGGACAAUGGUGGCAGCGAAAUCACGUAAGUUCAACCCCGGGUGCUGCA